AGUCAAUUGAGACGGAUGGCGACUCCUGGCAACGAUGCUGGAGGGCAGGCGCACAGGAAUAUAACGAGCAAUGGGCGGUGGUUCAGCCUCAGUCCUGCCGACGAGAUCGUUGAUCCUCCAUCUCUCAGUUUCCAAAGUCGAACCCCCACACACCCUCUAGCCACCAUGAGUUCCGAAGCCGCUGAAGUUAAGACCGUCCCAGAGACCACCCAGAAGGAGGAGGUCCCUGCUGAGACCAAGGAGGCUAAGGAGGAGCCAGAGAAGAAGGAGAAGGAGGAAACUAAGGCCGAGGACGAGAAGAAGGAAGAAGCCAAAGAAAAAGAGGCUGAACCUGCGAAGGAAGAAGCAGCCAAAGAGGAGGCAAAGGAGGAGGCGAAGGAAGACGCAAAAGAGGAGAAGAAGGACUCUUAAUACCCCCCGUCUCUUCUCACAUUUAGCGAAUAGUGUCUUUCUAGCAUCCUAGGUCUUUUCUAACAUCCCCGAUCCUCUUUGGGAUUGUAGGACCGUCCCGCGGAUUUUAUAAAUGUUUGGGGUCUUUCCAAGGAUGAUCCCAGGGCCUUUUUAGGAUUCAAGGAUUCUCCUACGAUUCUAUGAAAUCUGGGAUUAUGGGAAGGGAGGGGAAUGUUUUAUAUAUAUAAAGUAUACGUUUGAACUAUGCUCAGUAGUUGUAGUGAUACAGUAUGAAUGGUCUUGCAUUGGGUCAAUGCAAGUCGAAGCGAAAGGUUCGUUCAUGCGUUAGAAAGCGAUUCGAUAUUUGUAAAUUAAUGACUGAAAUCUAGUUCGUGUUUGGUUAUCCAGUGUGAUUUAAUAUUUGUCUUGGUAAAUUUGUAUUGUAAAGGAUUCAUGAUGAUGAUGAUGAUGAUGACUGCAAGGUUUGCAUGGGUAGGUGUUGAAAUGCUAGAAAGUUUGUGUUCCUAGAUGCGUAAUGUGAAGUCAAAAAUGCAUUGCCAUGCAUUUUUUUUAGCAGUAAGGAUUUUUAUAAGCAGACAUGUACAGCUUUUUGUGUGACUUCCCGGUAUUAUAUUCCCCUGAAAUUUUAACCCAACAGAAAUAAUAUCCGAUGUAUUUUUCCCACUAGUUUCAAUGUAGUUUCAAAACCGCCCGUUUUUCUCAACAUAUCAAAAUCCUAUGAAUAAAAUAGUAAUUUUAUUUAACUAAGGUGGAAUUCCAUCUAAAAAUACAAUUUAUUUUGUAUAGUC